CCGCGCCCGGCCGACGCUCUAGCCAACAUCCCCGCCGCGAGCUCGCGAUGCCGAUGCCUUGGUCCGCGCUGCGCCGGGCCCUGGCGGCCCGGCCCUGGAGGGGAGCCGGGCUGCGGUGGAAGCACACCUCCUCCCUGAAGGUGGCCAACGAACCCAUCUUAGCAUUCGCGCAGGGCAGCCCCGAGCGAGACGCCCUGCAAAAGGCCUUGAAGGACUUGAAGGGCCGGACGGAAGCCAUCCCGUGCGUGGUGGGGGAUGAGGAGGUGUGGACGUCGGACGUGCAGUACCAGGUGUCGCCCUUUAACCAUGGACACAAGGUGGCCAAGUUCUGUUAUGCAGACAAGGGCCUGCUCAACAAAGCCAUCGAGGCCGCCUUGGCCGCCAGGAAAGAGUGGGACCUGAAGCCUGUCGCAGACCGAGCCCAGAUCUUCCUGAAGGCGGCAGACAUGCUGAGUGGGCCACGCAGGGCUGAGGUCCUCGCCAAGACCAUGGUGGGACAGGGCAAGACGGUGAUCCAGGCGGAGAUCGACGCCGCGGCCGAGCUCAUCGACUUCUUCCGGUUCAACGCCAAGUUUGCCGUGGAGCUGGAGGGGGAGCAGCCGGUCAGCGUGCCGCCCAGCACCAACAGGGUCGUGUACCGCGGGCUGGAGGGCUUUGUGGCGGCCAUCUCCCCCUUCAACUUCACCGCGAUUGGCGGCAACCUGGCGGGCGCGCCGGCCCUGAUGGGCAACGUGGUCCUGUGGAAGCCCAGUGACACUGCCAUGCUGGCCAGCUAUGCCGUCUACCGGGUCCUCCGGGAGGCCGGGCUGCCCCCCAACAUCAUCCAGUUUGUGCCGGCUGACGGGCCCACGUUUGGGGACACCAUCACCAGCUCAGAGCACCUGUGCGGCAUCAACUUCACAGGCAGCGUGCCCACCUUCAAACGCCUGUGGAAGCAGGUGGCCCAGAACCUGGACCGGUUCCGCACCUUCCCCCGCCUGGCUGGAGAAUGUGGCGGAAAGAACUUCCACUUCGUGCACCGCUCGGCGGACGUGGACAGCGUGGUGAGCGGGACGCUGCGCUCCGCCUUCGAGUACGGCGGCCAGAAGUGCUCGGCCUGCUCGCGCCUGUACGUGCCGCGGUCGCUGUGGCCGCAGAUCAAGGCGCGGCUGCUGGAGGAGCACGGCCGCAUCCGAGUGGGCGACCCUGCAGAGGAUUUUGGGACCUUCUUCUCAGCGGUGAUUGAUGCCAAGUCCUUCGGCCGCAUCAAGAAGUGGCUGGAGCACGCCCGCUCCUCGCCCAGCCUCAGCGUCCUGGCCGGCGGCAGGUGCGACGACUCCGUGGGCUACUUCGUGGAGCCCUGCAUCGUGGAGAGCAAGGACCCGCAGGAGCCCAUCAUGAAGGAGGAGAUCUUCGGGCCUGUGCUCACUGUGUACGUGUACCCGGAUGACAAGUACAAGGAGACGCUGCGGCUGGUCGACAGCACCACCAGCUACGGCCUCACGGGGGCAGUGUUCUCCCAGGAUAAGGACGUCAUCCGGGAGGCCACGCAGGUGCUGAGGAACGCUGCCGGCAACUUCUACAUCAACGACAAGUCCACCGGCUCGGUGGUGGGCCAGCAGCCCUUUGGGGGGUCUCGAGCCUCUGGGACCAACGACAAGCCGGGCGGCCCCCACUACAUCCUGCGCUGGACGUCGCCCCAGGUCAUCAAGGAGACCCACAAGCCCCUGGGGGACUGGCGCUACUCGUACAUGCAGUGAGCCUGAGGGCCCCCGCCGUCCAGCGUCCGUCCAGCAUCCGUCCGUCCAGAUGACUGGCCUCGCCGCACUGCCCGCAGCCCUCCCCAUCCUCUAGGGCCAGGCUCCACUCCCUCCCCGGGGCUCCACUCCCUCCCCGGGGCUCCACUCCCUCCCCGCCGCCGUCCUGUGUCCUGGCCUGUCCCGCCCCUCCGUGUCGGAUGUCCGCGCUCUGGUUUGAGGUCACCUUGGGGAGGACAGGGCCACGACCCCUUAUCCCAUUGGUCAGUCUGGAAAUUCCACCUGGGAGGUGUGACCUCUCGGGCUGGCAGGUUCUCCCCGCUCACUCCGCUGGGGCCCCGUUGCUCAGGGGCCUGGGGGUGGAGACGGAGCAGCUCGUGGUAUCCUCCGGGGAAAAGGAGGCAGCUCUGGCCCUUGGCGAACCUCACCACCCAGAGCCUCCUGGCCUUGGCCCCGGGUGUCCAAGUGCCCAGGGUGUCCAGGUGUCCCAGGGUGUCCUGGUGUCCAAGUGCCCAGGGUGUCUAGGUGUCCCAGGGUGUCCAGGUGUCCCAGGGUGUCCAAGUGCCCAGGGUGUCCAGGUGUCCCAGGGUGUCCUGGUGUCCCAGGGUGUCCUGGUGUCCAAGUGCCCAGGGUGGCCCAUGGGACACAGGCAGCACCUUACCUGUGCCCAACCAUCCGCCUUAGCAGGCACCUGUGCCCAGCUGUGUGCCUUAGACACCGGCAUGCCUUUCUCCAGGUGCCUAUGGUUACCUGAGGCCACGUGAUUCCUGGCCUGCUCCAUGUGGCAGGGGGCCGGGGAGGUCACUUGUUACGGUCCUUCCCCGAGACCGGGCCAUGGGUUCCCGUCGGCCUGGGCCGAGGAUGUUGCCUACAGACUCUUCCCUCCUUAGUGUGCCGGGGCCCUGUGUGGGCUGGCCCUGCAGUGGCUGGAUUCUGGGGCUCAGGGGUCUGUGAGGCAAGACUUUCAGGGAUGGCUGUCAGGGGACUGUGGAAGUGCUGGGACCACCCCAAGGACAGCUGCACGGGUCCUGCACAGAGCUGGCGAGGCUGUUCCCCAGGUGCCACUGUUUCACACCAUGGCCCGUGGUUGGGGGCGGGCGCCAGGGCCGCCGGGCCAGGUGUGGGUCCUGCCCCGUGAGGUGGCGGCAGCAUUCACCUGGAUGCCAGCCAAUAAAAUCCGUGUUACGUAGUCAA